UCUACAGUACUCUAUUAGUAGCUAGACAGAAAAACAGAUGUAUUUUAUUAUUAACUUUUAUAUAUUAAAAUAAAUAAGUUUACUAUUAUUUAUUAAAAUAAUAUAUUUAAAAGAUAUUAAUUUUAACUGAAAAGUAAUAAAAAAAAAUCACUAUAACCAAAAAUGAUAAAACAACGACGUAAAAGUAAUCGUCAUGAAUUAAUGAUAAACUGCACAAAUGAUGAAAACAUUAGUCCUUUACGCCGUCAAAAGUCGUAUUCUAAAAUUCCAUCAACACCUACUAUUGAUCAAAUUAAUACUACUAAUAAUGAUGAUGCAACUGAACGUGAAAAUUUGCAUAGCAGAACUAAUAGUUUAGUUUCAUCAGUAUUUUCAUCAUGGAAACGAUCAAUUAAUUUUGGAGCAAUCUCUAAAAUGUCAACGUCACAAAUAUCUAAUUGUAUUACGGAAUGUAUAAAAUUUAGUGUUGAUAAGAAUAUAAAUAUUAAAAAUUCCUUUAACUUGAAGAUUAUUGACUAUAUGACAUGUUAUGUGGCACGAAAUUAAGAUAUUAAAAAUCAAUUGAAUUUACAAGUAGCAAAAGGUCUUGAUGUCAGCGCUAAAAUUUAUUCACUUCGAGUUGAUUCUCUGCAUCAGGAUGCAUUGAAAAUAUCUAAGAGUUUGAAACAAGUUAUGAAUAAUAGUACUAAUAAUGAUGAUGAGAAAAUUGGUAAUCAUACACUGGAAGAUAAUAAUAAUGAAAAUUCAGAAACUAAUAAGUCGAAAAAUAAACUACAGUGCAAGAAAAAACGUAAUAAUAAAAUUUUAACAACGAUGAAAGCUCUUCAAGGAAAAUCUGAUACUGUUGAUUAUACACCAGUUAUGUUUGGUAAAAUAGAUUGUCAAACAACUGAUAUAAUGUACUUAGCUUCUUUGUCUCAAUACUGUAAUAUGGGUCUUAGUCUUAAUACUUUCUACGACACCAUUAUUGAUAGUGAAGAUAACAUAAUACAUAUUGAAGAAAAUGAACCAAAAAUAAAAUGGCCUCCAAUUAAAUUAAAUUAUACUAAAAAUAUUAAUACAGAUGAAUUUUCACAUUUUGAAUUCCUUAAAUGGUCAAUUGAAAAAGAAAAAAAUGAAGAUAAAAUUGUUCGGCAACUCAAUCAGGAGCUUUUAUUAUAUCAAGAGGAUGAUAAUAUUAUUUUUUAUGAUAAUGCUAACUUACCAGCAUCACCUGAAGAAUUAACUUUAAAUCAUAAUUAUGAUUAUGAUAAUGAUAAUACUAAUACUAUCGAUUGUUAUGAGAACAAAGUUGGUUGUCAUGCUAAUGAUAAAGUAACAUGUGUUAUUUCAGAUUUGGAUAAUUUAGUGGGAGAAAUUUCAAAAAAUAAAAAUAUCGAGUAUUCAUUAUUCGAUGAGGCUAUAGAAAUUUGUUGAGCUGGACCAUCUUAUUGGAAAACCAGUAAGCUUGAUAAAAAUAAAAAACGACCUGAAUGUAGAAGAGCUCGAAAAGAAAAGAAACAAAAAUUAAUUAUAUUUGAUGAUCAGAAUAUCGAAAUGAGUCAACAACAAAUGGCUUUACCAGAAAAUGAAAAUAAAAAUUUAAUAAAAUGGGACAAAAUAAAAAAUUUUUGGCCGGAAAAAAAAUUAAUAAUACCUAAAAACAGUUAUAAACAUAGCCAAGAAUUGUACAAAUUUUAUUUUAGACCAGAUUGCAGGUAUCUGAAAUUAAUGUUUAUCAUACUACAUCAUUUGAUGCUGAUGACGAUGAUAAUGAAAAUAAAGAAAGCAAUAAUUAUUUUCAUAAUGAAAUGGAUAAUCAAAACAAUACAUCUGACAAUUUUUAUACCUUAGAAGAUCCGAUUAUAGAUGUCAGCUACAAUUCCGUUGAUGAUGACAAUCCAAAAAUUUUAGAAACUACAAAAAUAUCAUCAAAAAAUUAUAUACCAUACGCUCGUAGAGCUAAAAAAUUAAAUACAAUUCAGUUAAAAAAAUUUCUUUGGAAAAUUUUAAUUGAUACGGAUGAAAACAAUAACAAUUCAUAUGAUCAUAAUUGUGAAUAUGGGUCAUCCAUUAAGGAAUUCAAAAAUUUAAGUGAAAUUUACUUAAAACUAUUAGAUAAACUUCCAAAAACAGAAGCUAAAGAUUUAAGCUUUGCUAUCGUCUUUACUAUAUUACUACAGCUGGCUAAUGAAAAAAAUCUUAAAAUUUUUUCUGAAUUAAACAAUUCAGACGUUUUCAUAGCAUCGGAAGAACCUGCUUAAAAUGAUAUUAUUAAAAAAAUAUAUAUAUAAUCAUACUAAUUAUUUUAUUUCACUGAUUUUUAGAAUUAAUUUAAAAAUAGUUUAUUUUGAUAGUUAUCGUUUUUCCUCACAAUUGAUUCAACAUGCUUACACAAUUGUUUCGUUAAAUUUUAAUUUUAUUGCAAUUCGAAAUACAAGUAUAAAUUAUUUUAUUUUUAUAAUUAUUGAUUGAAAAAACGUUGAUCGAUUAUAUUUAUAGUUAUUAUUUUUAUUAUUAAAAAAAAAAUUGUUUUGAUAGUUUGUUUUAAAGAUUUUCUUUUAAGGUUUAUAUGUAAUUGAAAUUAAAACCGAAAAAAAAAAUAAAAUAAGAUAAAAUACAAUAUAAUAAAUAGUAAUAUGAAUUAAUGAAAAAUUAAAUUAAUUGAUAUAUAUUUAUGGUCUGUUCGGAUUCUCCACUCGGCGCACUGGGGCGCUUGCAAUAUACCCGGGAAAAUUUUAAUUCAUAAUUAAAUUUAAUUAGUAGAAAAAAAGUGAAUUCCCAAUUUAAAAAAUAUAUAUUAAUUAUCAGUGUAUUGAUUGAAGUGAAAUUUAAGUGAAACAAAUCUUAGUAUUUCAAAUCGAUCAUUAAUUGAUAGAAAUUAAUGUUAAUUUCGUGUGCAAAAAAAGCGUCAAAGUACCUUGGGGUGGCGGGUCCGAACUUACCAAUUGAAAUAAAACAACAAAAAAUAUAUAAUUAAUAAAUUACUUUGAAUAUAUAUAUACAUAUAUACAUAUGUAUAUACGGGCCGUAGUCCCGUGACUGCAACCUGCCUCGUAGCGUGUCUCCAAUCUGUCUCGUAGCCUGUCUCCAACCUGUCUCGUAGCGAGUCUGCAAUCUGUUUCGUAGAUUGUCUUGCAGUCACGGA